UCUCUCUCUCUCUCUGCGUGAGGAUGUGCGGUGCGCUCGUCUGUUCAUUGUGGUCAAAACACCACAGCGUCAGGUCUGAUUUUAUGCAUUUGUUCUGCGGAGAUGCCUACUUCGUUAUGCGUAAAGUUUUCCACACUGAGCCUAAGUGGUGAGGCAGCAUGAGGUGACCUGCGUUAGCUGCAGUAUCCAGUCAGCCAGCAGCAUGGCAUACCCAAUGCUCCUCCCCCCUCUCCCACCCGCUCCCCCCAACUGCUCGACCGCCUUAGAGGAGCGCAACUGCUCUUUCGCUAACCUGUCAGCGAUCACAGCUUAUGGCAGUGAUGAGUGUGACAGCAACAAGACUCUCUUUGUCAUCAUGGCGAUAGCCUACAGUGCAGUGGCCUUGCUGGGCGUGGUAGGCAACCUGGCUCUUAUCCUUGCCAUCAUCCGACAACGAGAGAUGCACAACGUCACCAACGUCUUGAUUGCCAACCUCUCGCUGUCGGACUUGUUGAUGGCGCUGGUGUGCCUGCCCUUCACCUUCGUCUACACCUUCAUGGACCACUGGGUGUUCGGGGAAAUUCUGUGCAAGCUCAAUGGACUGGUCCAGUGUUGCUCAGUAACCGUCUCCAUCUUCUCACUGGUUCUCAUUGCCAUGGAGAGGCAUCAGUUGAUCCUGCAUCCUCGUGGCUGGAGACCCACAACACACCACGCCUGCAUAGGCAUCGCUGCCAUCUGGACUCUAGGGCUGGCCACCGCUGCCCCCUUCCUGCUGUUCUCCAUGGUAACGGACACCCCACUGACACAGCUCCCGCCGGAGAUGAGGGAGCAGUUCCAUGGGAAGGUGGUGUGUGUGGAAGCCUGGCCAUCCAGGAGCUUCAAACUGACCUACACCACGUCCAUGCUCUUCCUCCAGUACAUCACCCCACUCCUCUUCAUAUUUGUCUGCUACUACAAGAUCUACACGAGUUUGCGUCGACGGCGGAACAUAAUGGAGCGCGUGCGCGAGAGCCGCCAGCGGAGCAGCGAGAUGCGGCGCAUCAACGUCAUGCUCUUCAGCAUCGUGGUGGCCUUCGCCGUCUGCUGGAUGCCUCUCAACGUCUUCAACGCCAUCAUCGACUGGCACCACGAAGCUGUCAUGAACUGCACGCACGACCCCCUCUUCUCGCUCUGCCACCUGCUGGCCAUGGCCUCGGCCGGGGUCAACCCCGUCUUCUACGGCUUCCUCAACCGCAACUUCCAGCAGGACCUCCGCGGCUUCCCGCUCUGCCGUCUGGGCCGAGGCCGGCCGCAGGAGGAGUACGACACGGUGGCCAUGUCCACCAUGCACACCGAGGUCUCCCGCACCUCGCUCAAGCUCGGCACAUUGGACACCUGAGGCCAGACUAUACACAUUCAGCUUUGGCUGACUGGUUGUGUGUCCGUUCAGGCGUGUCCAUGUGUGUGUGUGUGAACUUGUGUGUGAAAGUCGCAGCACUUUAGAGAGAUUGUCUUAGUAAACCUCACAUCAGACUCUGAGCUCUGAAUGACUUGUAAGUGUGUGCUCUGAGUGGAGCUUAGACACUGUAUGUGAGGAGACAGAAGGAUGAAGACAUCAGUAAUAAUUCAGAUCUGUGGGUGAUGCAGAUAUUUAACCCAUUUGCCUGAUGCUGCAUAACGCAACAUUCUAUCUCCCGCCUGUUGCUGCAUAGCGCAACAUUGAAUCUCCCGCUGGUUGCUGCGUAGCGCAGCAUGCUUUUUAUUUCAUGUUUCUAGGUGUACAGAGGCUUAGAUAUUAAGGUUUUGGUAGACGUGGACAAUUCUUAGUGUUUUUUCAGAAAACCCUUAGGAAAUAAGGUUAUUUAGUUUAGAAUACCAUAGGAUUCUAUAGGCGUUUUUAGCAGGCAUUUCAGGAGUA